GCGUAAGUCAGCUGGCGCAAGGUCACUGGGAGGUGCAGUGGACAUGCGUGAAUAAAUAUGUGCUGAUGAUGAAAUUAAGGUGUCAGAAACCAGAAAAAAAAAAGAAAACAUGAGCCCAUUCCACUUAGUAAAGAUGGUAGACCAGCGAAGCUGUUUAGUACACGAGGUGAUGCAUACCUUUGAACAAAAGUACGAACUCGCUUAUUGUCUUGAUGGGUGAUCAUCGUAACGAAAGGUACGCAUACUCAUUUAUUGUCUUGAUCGGUGGUCAUUAUUUCACUCCGAACUGCAAUCGCAUUCUUUGAUAAUGUCAAAUCGAUGCACGUAGGCCGCUGGGUGGUCGUUUUAUGAGCCAUAUUUUUCGCUUGCUGACUAGACCACGACCGACCACCAUAAUAAGGGUAUACAGUAGGUCGUGGACUAGACCAUAGACUAGACUCUGAAUGCUCAAGGGGGUACGAGCCAUUGAUGAUGAUAGUUUUUUGUUCAUGAAGAACAAAAAUGUACGGAACCCUAGCCAUGUACAACUUCGCUGUAAAAAAAAAAAAAAAAAGGCUUUGCAGGCCUGUGAUUUCGACAAAACCAUUUCGGCGGUCUAGCUCUUCAUCGGGAUACAAAGCAUAUGCCAAGGAGAGGAGGAAGAUUCUUAAGCGAUGGUUCUGAGUGUGAAACUUCGAAUUGUGUUUGAUCCCAUGUAGUCAGCGUCUUUUUAUCCCUCAAUUUGAGCUGGGUAUUAGGUUUAAACCACUUCUGGGACAAAUAUGAAAAAGCGCUGGGUCUAUAUUUUGCAGCGCGAGUGAACGGAUGAGAAAGUGUGCAGGUAAACAAACAUGUAGACCGACCGUACUAGUCCGGCAUUUAGCGCUGAAAAAUAUGACACCAUAACAAUUCUCCCAUCAGUGUAAUGUCCUUGUUACUCUUACAUCAGUGCUGCUUAGAGCGCCACAGUAAUGCAGCGCCAUUGUGCGCAGCUAACUUGUAGUGUAUUCUCUCCGUCUCUCCGCACGUCAACUCGCAUAGUGGCGUAUGAGAUCCGCAAGACGUUUUACUUUGCCACCAGUUCUUGCGUUCUUGCGCCUGCCACGUUUAGCUGGACUUGUUAAGUAACCAGAACUUCAUCCUCACACAUCAAGUGCCACGCAAAAUGAAGCUGCUAAUUUCCGGAUUGCUGCUGUGCGGGCUAUGGGCUGUCGCACAUUGCCAGAACGACGUUGCCACUUUACCAGCAACAACGACAAUGUCAAAUGAGACAACUGCUUCGGCACCAACACCUGCACCAGUGCCACCACAGCCAUCAUCAACACCAGCUAGUGUGACAACUGCUUUACCCACUACAACGGCACCAACAACUCGCAAUACCACGACCACAACACCAUUGCCUACUACAGUGCCAGUCACAAACGGCACUACAGUGCAACCUACAACAACCAUGUCACCGACUGCCAUGCCUCCUCCUGAGAGGCACUUUGACACGUUGAGCUUCCUGGGUGGUAUCAUUCUCACCUUGGGAUGUCUCGCCAUCUGCUAUGUGGGAUUCAAGUUUUACAAAGCACGUACUGAGCGCAACUAUCACACGCUUUAGAACAGCAUUUAUUCAAUGCCUCAUGGAUCUACAAUACAAUCUAGUGCGUCAGUAAUGAAAAAUUAUUUAGCUGCACCUUUCAUCAAGUGCAAUGUUGGUGGCUGUUAAUCAGCAUGCCAUCCUAAUACAUCAUAUCUGUUAGGUCAUAAAGCUGGUGCCUACUUUAAUAGUGCAGACAUGGGAUGGUUCUUGUUUUACUGUAAUGAAAGCAUGGUACUGUUGUAGCCCUGGUAUUGCUGUAGCCAGGUCAGCAGUAUCAAAUCAGCAAAUAGCAUUCGGUUCACUGCACCAUUAAGGCAUGGCUUUGGUUUCCGCACUAGAUUGAAUUUUAGACUGAUGUAUAAAGGGUGGAUUCUGUGAUGUGUUGUAGACAUGGAUUGGCCAAUGUCAGCAUCUGGUGACCAACUUCCUGCCACCUGUGUUUCGUUUCCUACACACAAGAGUGCACAUGAAAUGUGUAAGCCAGGUUCAAGCUGUAGUCUAGGCAGCUUCAAAUAGUGCAUCAGAGUGAUCAGAUAAUACAAUCCAGAUGCAUAUGCUGGCUGCCCCUGCUUCUACCUUACUACAUGUGCAAUAAUUUCCUAUAGGGUAAGCUCUAAGCUAAGCUUUUCGGGCUUCAUAUUAGAAAGAGCAGCUGCUAGCAAGCACAAUUCUUUUUCUAGUACUGCUGACCAUGCUGUUAUCUGCAUGUUUAAUCACAAAAAUAGCUUUAAUUUUAUUCAAAUUUCACCUGCACAGGCGACACUGGCAACUAAAACAUGCGCCCUUGUUUUUCAGUGUCUUGUCUUUGCUUGUAGUCUGUGACCUACAUGUCCGUGACCUUUGGCCAACAAAGUUUCCAUUUGGUAGGUAACUUAAUGUAAUUCAUUUGACAUAAACCACUCUGUGACCUGGUGGUUUUAAAGGGGCCCUGAACCACUUCUUAUCGAAGUGGAGAAAGGCAUUUGAAGUGAAAAUGGGCUAUUUCAGAAAUACUUUGCCGCAAAAAGUACUUCAAUGUGUUCAGCAGAGGCGGAGUUAUUGGCACUCAAAUGUGGCCUCUGCUGUGCUUCCGUUCCAUCAAUUCCUUGAACUGUGAAGGCUGCGGCGACAACGCUCCGCCUUCAAAAUGUCACCGUGGCAUGCAGUUCAAAUUACAUUUUGGAUGUUAACAUAGGCGCACACGACUUCCGAUUUUGGUGCCUAUGACGUGUUGCAUGUAAGCCAAAUGCGGUUGUCAUCAGCGAGCUGAAGUGCACUUAGCCAGUGGACUUGUGACGGUGCCCCACGGCGGCCGCGGUAUCUUCACUGCAUAGCCGACCGCAGCUACCACUGGCAGCCGCACAUGGGAAUCCACUUUAUUACGAAAUAAAGCAUCCAGAAGAGAGUGAGGAGCAGCCUUCUGUUUGACAAGAGAGUGUUUGAGAGAAAGGUGACUUUGCACUCUGCUUGUGAGCUCUACGCACCGUGUACAACAGCAAAACAUCGCUGAGAUUAUCACAGCAGCGUAUUCUACCUGUGGACUAUGUUAUUUCAAUAAGCCCGAGGGGCGGUUCAGGGCCCCCUUUAAACUUUAUAACAUGUCUCUUAGCAUGGAAUAGCAUCCUAAGAAAACUUUGGUACUAGUUGCGUAUCGAAUUAAAAGGUUAGCAAUACAGUUUGAGCAAAGGGCCCUGUUGUUUCUAUGUAUGCAGAUAACCUUUUAUGAUGAAGUGGUAAUUGUGGUCAUGGUAGAGCCUACAUGCUGAAGCCAGUGGCCUGCUGUAGAUUGUCUCUGCCUUGAGAAAACGCUGCUCCAUACAGGAGUCAAAUGCCGAAGGGGCAGAACAUGCUUGACCUGUACUUGGGUGAGUUGUGCUAGCAUUCAUGCUGGUCUGCCCCAGCUCGAUGCUGCAGAGCUGUGCCACCACCUUUGCGAGUUUAUUAUUACUAGACCCUGUUUGGAAAUUACUGCCUAAGUUUUGUCUUAAGCUGAGCAUGUAAUGUUCCAUUUUGUGGAGUAGUGCUUGCCAACUUGGCGAUGUUGUAUAGAGGUAUGGUGUCCCCUUCUUUAACAAACUUCACUUCCAAAACUCUUUAGCUUGCGAGCCGGGUAUGCUUGAUGGCUCUAACAGGCAUAAAAAACAAGCGCUUUGUAGCGGCUGUCCUCAGGUCACAAAGUUAGACGUUAGGAUCAAAAUGCUUUUAUGUCAGGUUUCGUAACCAGAGUGUAGUGUCAUUGCAUUUUUUCUUUAGCAGUCUACAGUGUGCUGCUGCACUUAUCUAUGAUGUUAUGUUUCUUUAACACUCGACACCCCUGCAAUCCUGAGCAAUGUAGUAGGCUUUGAGCUGCUAUGAGAAGCCAAGCUUUGUGAGUGUGAAUGGGCUGCCUUGCCCAGCAUGUUAAUGCCGUCCACUUGGCACAGUGUGGGACAGAGUGCAUUGUGACAUGAUGCACUUAGAGGCAAGGACAUUCACCUGCCAAAGGUUACCUGUAUGUGCACCAAAACUCAAGCCCGUGCCUCAUUUGUGUGAAUUAUUUUGAAUGGAGAUAAACAUCGACAUACUCUUAUGAUGGCAAAAAGUACUUUUAAGUAAUAUUUUUUUUUUGUCGCUCUACUUAUGACGAGUGCAUAGCAAUGUGUGCAGCUUAGUUUUUGUCAAGUCAGUUUUCACGCAUUUGAUUGCGUGGUCUGUAUUGUCUUGUGACUGUACCCAGCUUAGGCAAAUGUAGUGUUUCUUCAGUACUUAAGACACCCUGUGCUUCACUAGAAAAUGUUCACUUUUAGGCGAGAUAAGUUUUUGAGAGUGAAGCAUAACAUUGUAUUGCUCGUCAUGCUUUUGUGAUGAAGCUUCAAGUGAUAGCACGUGUUAUUUUCCCGACUUAAACCCGCUAUUGUAAAUAGGUGUACAGAUAAGCCAACAGCGUGCAGUUCACAGAACUGUACAUUAUCAGUGCGUCAUAAGUAGCAGAAGUAUCACUGAAACCGCCCUACUUCAGAUUGUGUGGCCACUUAUUUAAAAAGCUUCCUGUGUGGCACUAAACUAUUUUCUUUACUUGAAUCUUUGAUGUGCUGUUGGUGCACUUCUUUUCCCUGUGGUGCUUAGCACUCUGCUUUUGCUUCCUUCACUGCUAGGUUCAAGCCUUUCUUUGUUGUAUGAACGGUGUUUUUAAUUUUGAAGGUGCAAAAAGGAUGUCAUGAAGUUGCUUAGCACUAUGUGAGUUACUUUUAAUCUGAUGAAGUCUGAGUGACUGUCUUCUCUUAUGUGCUUAUGUGACUGCUGUAGUUCAGUGUUUCAAUACCAGUUGAUUAAAUACUUGUCAAAUGUGUUCAUUUGAUGAAGGUCUGUAUUUAGUACUCUUUUGUUCCUUUUGGUGUGGUGAUUACAUACACUUUAAAGAAUAGGGUUGUUUUCUUCUACCCAUUUUGAUGUAAAUAAACAUGCUAUAAGUGCAGUUUAUUUUGAAAGUGAUAAUAAAAGUCACUCCUUUCUUA